AUGGAAUAUUCUGAAAAGGAUGAUGAUAAUAGUUAAGAGAAUUCGGAUGAUUGGUAGAAAACAGAUAUUUCUUAACAUUAAGAAAAUAGAUUAAAACAAUUAGCAAAGGGAAUACAUGAUAUGUUUUAGUUGUAUGAAACUUUGAGAAUGAGGAAUGUGAAAAAUACAAUAUUUUGA